AUGAGUGACCAGGCGGCUGCCCGCAUAUUGUCUUUCAAAAAUGCAGGGAAAAGCGCUGAUGAAAUGCGACGUCGCCGCCAAGAAGGUCAGGUGGAGCUGCGAAAGACUAAACGUGAAGAAACUCUUCAGCGGAAAAGGAACUUCCCAGCAGCUGGUGACCCUGUGGAUACAGAGGUCGAAGCAACAGGAAAGUCACCUCUGUUAAACUUGGAAGCCAUUGUUGCGAAUGCUUCGAGUGAGGAUCCUGCAGUCAGGCUUCUUGUUGUACAAUCUGCCCGCAAGCUUCUUUCAAGUGACCGGAAUCCACCCAUUGACGAGCUGAUCAAUGCUGGCAUGCUCCCUAAAUUGGUGUCAUGUCUAACAAGUGAUGAUCCCAAUCUUCAAUUCGAGGCUGCUUGGGCGUUAACAAAUAUUGCAUCUGGCACAUCUUCACAGACCCUGGCUGUGGUUCAUGCGGGAGCUGUUCCACUCUUCCUCAAGUUGCUGUCUUCUUCACAUCCCAAUGUGUGUGAACAAGCUGUUUGGGCACUGGGAAACAUUAUUGGGGACGGUCCUGUUUUACGCGACUAUGUGAUUCAACUGGAUGUCAUAAAGCCACUACUGAAGCUGUUAACACCAAACAUACCACUUAACUUCUUGCGCAAUGUCACUUGGGUCAUGGUUAACCUGUGUCGUAACAAAGAUCCGCCUCCACCAGCUUCAGCUAUCAGAGAACUUCUUCCGGCCCUUCUAUAUUUGAUCAAGCAUACUGACGACAGUAUACUCGUGGAUACCGUGUGGGCUAUAUCCCAUUUAACUGAUGGAGGGAACGAUCAGAUAGAAAUGGUAAUUAAUGCAGAGAUCGUGCCUCACUUGGUCCCGUUGUUGUCACACUCAAGUUUCAAGGUGCAAACUGCUGCACUGCGUGCUGUUGGCAACAUUGUUACGGGUUCGGACCAGCAAACACAAGUUGUUCUGGAUUGUGGAGCUCUGAGUCAUUUUCCUGCUUUGUUAACCCAUCCAAGAGAUAAAAUAAACAAGGAGGCUGUGUGGUUUCUGUCCAAUAUAACUGCAGGAAACCAAAGUCAAGUGCAAGCUGUAAUUGAUCAUGGUCUAGUUCCACUCAUUAUUCAUCAUCUGUGCGAGAGUGAAUUCCUAACACAGAAGGAAGCUGCAUGGGCCAUUUCUAAUUUGACGAUCAAUGGAAAUGCAGAACAGGUAUGUAAAUAUCCGAUUGUCUUAAUAACAAAGUCUCAUGUCAACCACAAACUGAAAGUUCAUUCACUGGAUUGA